AUGCCUCCCCAACCACAAUCUACCUCUCUGUCAACACACUACUCUGAGCCCGCCGAUUCUGAUGCCCAUUUCGACCAGCUUGACGACACUUCCCUCAAAUACCCCGACCUCCGAGACCCUAUCCCCAAAGUCGCCCACUUCAUUUGCACCUCAGGCGAUCCAUUGACCUGGAUCCAAUGGCUCGCAAUUCGCGGCGCCAUCGUCAAUCUACAAGUCGAGAAAGUCAGGCUAUGGAUACCAGCAGAAGCUCAGCUAGAAGGCGAGCUAUGGAAGCUUGUCCUACAAAUGAAAGAGGUGUCUGUCGAGCGGAUCGUGCUCCCCACACAUGUCUACAGCACCAAAGUCAAGAACGCAGGCGAAUCGGCAGAUCUGGUCAAAUUGAAGGUGCUCUGGGAAGAGGGAGGCAUAUACCUUGAGAACGACUUGAUUGCGCUGAGGUCGUCGGAUGGCGUGCUCGAUUCGACAACCAGGGCCACGAUCAUGGCGGAGCGGCUGCAGCCUGCGGGUGUGCCAAACUGGAUGAUCAUGUCGAAACCGCAGAGUCCUUUUCUCAUGCGUUGGAUGGAAGAAUAUGCGGAGGAGAAGGACUUUGCUACACUGGCGACCGUGACGCCAUUCGAGUUCCUGAAGAAUCGAGAUCCGGACUUGCGGGUGCUUGACGGGCGGACGUGGUUCUAUCCGUUGGCGAGCAGUCUGGAUGGGGACAGCAGUUUGAAGAAGUUGUGGUUUGGCAAGAGUUGGUAUGAUAUUGCCGACGUCUAUGGCACGCAUCUGUGGCAUUGGAGUGAGGCUUUUAGAAACUUGAUUACGCCUGAGUUGGUGAGGACGAUUGAUACGCCAUUGUUUUGCAGGCUGAGAGGACUUUUUGAUGGGGUUGGAGGGGUGAAGAGCUUGCCGUGGGAUCAGGAUGAAAAUUGCAACGUCACAAUCAUACCAGAUCUGAGUAUUAAGGAAGGGAGACUGUUUCUCGACUACCAGGCGCGAGGGGAUCGGGAAGGCAUCAAGAUGUUGGACCAAUCAGGGCACAACAAUCAUGGUUGGGCUGUCAACGGCACACAGCUGUACAGAGGCUAUCGAACUAUAUCUGAGAACUCUUUCGCUGUCAUGCCUGUUCCUGUCGGCUGGGACGCACGCGUCUGGACACUUCACACCAAACUCCGCGUCGACCCUUCUUGCCUCAAAAGUACAGAGGCCACAGGCUUGAUCAAGAUCCGUAUGGACGAUGAGAAGGAGCUUCUCAUCCAGCUCCGGACAGAAAGCAACGGCCCCGCUUUAGAUAUACACUGGGAAAGCACGAAACAAGACAAAUACCACAAAAAUGAAGAUUUCUCCUGGAUCUCCGCCCCAAAACUCGCACCGCUUACAGAAGCAGCCCAUGACCUCACCAUCUCCUUCGAUCGACGGGACAAUGGGAGUGUUGCUGUAUACCUAGACGGGGAAGAUGCCGGUGGUGAAGAUAUUUCGCUUAUUUACAGUCCGAAGAUCGGGCAAGAGAUAUGGUUGAAUUCGCGGCAUUGGGACAAUCUUGACACAGGCUUCCGUGGGGAACUGUAUCGCUUCACGAUGUUUGCGGAUGCUAUUGGCCCGCAGAAGGUCGUUGAGAUAUUGGGUAGCAAGACUGGGGGUAGGCUUCCGGCUUUCCAUCUGAAUACACCGUCGCUUGAUAUGGUGGCCAUGCCGAUGUCCUUGCUGCCGAUCUUGUUUGUGGUGCUUCUCGUUGGACUGUCUGUAAAACAAGGGAAGGCGCUCAGGAGAAAUCUGGCGGAAGUGGGCAAAAUGGUCGUCGAGAUUGUUAGAAAGUCAACAUCUCGGUAA